CGGUUCACGUCGAACCCGCCGUCGAUGGUGGCGGCGGCGGCGGUGGCCACGGCGGUGCAGGGCAUGCUGAUCCGCGACAGCGACGGCGGCGCAGCGGCGACGGAGGCGGCGGCCCUGGCGGCGGCGCCCGUGCCCGUGGGCGGCAGCAAGGCAAGGGGCCCGUCCACCACACCGCAGCAGUACAUGCAGGAGCUCUACCACAGUCUGCAUGCCAUCACGCAGAUUGACACCGACUGCCUGAAGGAGUGCCACCGCCAGAUCGAGAUCUGGACGCAGUCGAACGCGGAGUCGCUGUCCACGUCCACGUCCACCACCCCGACAGACAUGCAGGAGGUCAUGUUCUGACGGCUGUCCCGACCCGCCGACCACUCCGCGAACCCUCGCCGCCCCCCCGAGCCAUGGGCCGGGGGGGACGAGGACCCCCUGGGGCCCCGUGGGGUCAGCCCCAACACUGCCACAUCCUGCAGUCGGUGACCAGAGGCCUCGGAAACCUCCUGCAGCACCGACCCCGCCGGCGCGGCUGGCGCUGCCCGCCGGUGCUGGCGUGGGGGCCGCCGCCCCCCCUCGGGCGGCCGCCCCCACCACGCCUCUCAUGUGCACAAGCUAGUCGGGUCGCUAAUUUAUAUCGGAUAAACAUUGACAUAAGCUACUGCUGUUGCUACCGCUGCUCCUGGCAACCGUUCCAGCACGAGCACUCCUUCCACUGACGUUCCGUGGCCCAACC